AGAGAGAGCCUCCAGCUGGGUAGAGAGACAACUCUCAAUCCGAAGUUACUGUUGACGCUAAGGCAGCCAUAACUGAUAAUGGCAACGGGAGUUUCCGGGCCUCCCGUCUCCUGUGUGACGUAGUUUUCCCUUCGCCCAAUCUCAUAGUUGCCCUGGGCAACAGUUGAGCCGUCUGGGAAGAGAUGCAUCUGUAAGUAGGCCCAAAAGAGAACCAAAGGUGACCAGACAUCCCAUGUUAAACAAGUUAAUUCAUAUUCCGGACUACCUGCCCGGGUUCGGGGACAGAGGGAGCAGGUUUCCUGGCCCUUAUUCUGCUGGGACGUCUGGUCACUUACCUAGGUGGACAAGAGUUUAGGGCUCCGGAAUCCCCUGUCUUGCCCGGAAGUUGCCUUUGACACUUCUGAAUGGGGUCAUGGCAGAAGGAUGGGAAUAGCUUGCGCCCCCCUUGCCCCAGGGAGUACCCAUUCCGACAGCAGUGACGAAGUGAGUUCCUUCUGUAGGUUUUGAGUCAACAGCUGUGAGUCAUCUUGGUAAUAUCGGGUUGGAUGCCUAAAGCUGCGGGAAAAAGGAUCAGGAGAACUUUCAGGAAGAAACUAUCCAACAAUUCAGAUAUGGCAGAAAUGAAGUCGAUGUUCCGGGAAGUUCUUCCAAAACAAGGGCAGUUGUCUGUAGAAGAUAUAACCACAAUGGUGCUGUGUAAACCCAAACUUUUACCCCUAAAAUCUCUGACUCUGGAAAAACUGGAGAAAAUGCAGCAAGCAGCACAGGAUACAAUUCGCCAACAGGAAAUGGCAGAAAAGGAACAACCGCAAAUAAGUCACUGAAUGAUAACUUAGCACUUCUGCAGAACACCCUACACCUUCCUUAUUAUUAACAAUAGCUAGAAAAUAACCUGCAUCUGUAUGCUGAAAGCAGUAUGUAUUAAUAAAACAGAUUUUAUUCCCAUAAUAUAAAAAUAAUCAAGAUUAAUAAAACUUGGGAUUGUGAAUUUAAACACUCUGGUUUGUACUGAACAGAAGCAAUUUUAAAACUCUGAACCCAGAUUUUGGUUUUUUUUUAACCCAAGUUUUUAGAACAAAUCAUUGUUCACCAUUCCUGUUACUAUCAUUUUUCUAGAUAACAUUCUUAGGCACAAGUGAGUAAAUGCACAGAGAAGCCUGUAAAUGUUUAUUAAAAACUGAAUUUGAAGAAUUUUGUGUCAUGACACAUUUAAGGCUAUCUUGCCUGACCAACUGAUCCUACUAGUAAUGACAAAACUGUAUUUUUUAAACAAAUUUAAUUUUUAAGAAACCCUCACCUAUCCAGUAGUUACCUAAGCUUUUAAUUAUACUGAUUUUAAGGACUUACCUGGCCACCUUCAUCUUCCAGGUAUCAAACACAAUUUUAAAACCCUAAAAAUGGAAAUUAAUAUGGACUUGAAAGAGCCCAUUAAGUAGAUAUGAACAUAAAAUUGGAAGUUUUCGUUCUAAAAGACUGUAGCUAAACCUGUAAUGGGUAUGUUCUAAGAAUACCUUUGUGAAUUCUGAACAUAAUUCUUGGUUGGUUUGCUGCAGUCAGUAUCAGACAAUUUAAAUUAGUAUGGACCUUGAGACCUUGCUGAGUAUUCAGGCUUUGCAAAAGAGGUCAGAAAUGUGAUCAUUCUUUAGAUAAUUGUUAUUUAUUGGUAACUAUUUUCUCAGACACUGGGUAAAUGUAAAAACUAUGAGUCUUUGAAGAAUAAUUUUUUGUAACACAAGCAUUACUUGGUAAUAGAACUUAAGAAUUAUGAAAGGUAUAUAUGUUUUAGAAAUUUCAUUAAGCUCUAGAUAAGAUCAAAAACAGCUAAGUGUGCAAGUAUUUCCCACCAAGUAUAUUAUUAAAAUAAUUUACUACUGUACUCUUGUUUGAAAAGUUUGCUAGGAGCAAAGUUUAAAAUUCACUAGGUUCAGAUAUGCUCUUUUAUAUGACUUAAAAUUUGUUGUGUGAAAUAUGUUUUUUAAAAGCCCUAAAAUAAAUGUACUCCCAAUAAAGAAUCAACACUGCUUCACGUUUUAUUUUGUCAUACAUUCUUCUAGAACUGGGUUCAUUCAUCCAGUUUUGUAGAAAAAUAGAUGUUCCAGCCACCAUUUACUUAACUGUCUGGUCUUUAAGACUGAGCAAUAUGUUCCCUGGAAAGAUGAAUAAGUCUCAUAACUAACUCAUUUUUUUAAAAUUCUUUAAGACAAAGAAAUUUUUUUUUUUUUAACUCCCAAAGCACAGUAUUUCAACAGCAGCAGCCAACAUGGGGUUUUAGCAGCUUAACUUUACCCCCUAAAUAAAGCUUUGUAUAAACCAGUGAUUUUACUACAAAAACACUGUCCUUGAAAGAAAGGAGUGGCAGUCAGACAUCAAUGCAAAACUUGGAAUGAUUAGGUCAUAAACAUGGCACGUAAAAAAGGUAGCUUAUGAGAAUAUCCCACUUAAGAGGUGGUUACUUUUCUGUCCCUCCUUUACACCCUCACAAAAAAAAAAAAAAAAA